AAAAUCGCAAUAUCGUCACAAUAAACUUCAUGUACAUAACCACAAAUUCCAGAAGCAUUGCGAACAACUUAUAUAUCAAGAGUAUCAAGAUAAAUAGAUAUAUUAUUACAUGAUAAACUGUAGUGAAAGUCGUAGUUCACUAUAGAUAACAUUAUCCAUCCACAAGUUUGAAUUAAUUGAAUAAUAUUUUAUUAGAUUAUACUAUCACAAUAGCAUUGUUUAGUGAGAAAUUGUGAAAUACGUAGACAAACCUUGAAGGGAUUGAACACAUAAGGUUACUAUCUGUUUGAUUGUCAUAACAAAGUCAGCUGUUUUGUGGCAUUUCCUUUCUCAUAACAGAGAAGUUCGGAAUAUUUCAGUUUUAAUAUUUAUUGCCAGUGUAAAUAGUAUAUGAUUUUUCAACAUCAGGUAGGCUAUAACGAUUUUUAAAAGAUCAUUUAAGUUGAACUGAUGAUGUCUCAAGCCCAACAGAGGAGUUGGGCUCCUCUGAGCUUCAAAACUAGGCUCCUCAUUUAUUUAUUUUUCUUCACUUUGCUUUCCAGUUUGUUGUUUCUGAGGGGCCGCAGAGAAGUUCUUACAGAUCAUGAAUGGGAUGUAUUGAUCUUUACCCAGCACUGGCCAAACACAGUGUGUAUGACUUGGGAAGAAAAAAACCCAUCAAACAACAGUUGUCGACUUCCUAAAGAGAAAGACAUCUGGACCAUUCAUGGCAUUUGGCCGACCAAGCUGGGUACAAUUGGACCACUGUACUGUAAUUCAUCAUAUCACUUCAACGCCACUCAGUUGGCCUCUAUAGAAAGCAACCUGACAGAAUAUUGGAUAGAUGUGGAGGUUCCUCAGCCAGCCAACUCAUUCUGGAAACAUGAGUGGCUCAAGCAUGGCACCUGUUGUUCUGCUCUACCCAACAUGAGCACAGAAUUAAAAUAUUUCAAAGCCGGCCUUGAAUGGUUAGACAAGUACAACAUGAAGAAUGUUUUGGAUAAGGCUGGACUCUAUCCAGACACAAAUACCAGCACUGACUUGACCACGAUCUGGCUUGGAAUCAAAACUGGUUUAGGUGUCAAUCCGUCCAUUCACUGCAUCCACGAUAAGAAAACCGGCCAGUAUUACCUUCAAGAAAUCAGAAUCUGUUUCGACAAGUCUCUUCAGCUGACGGAUUGUGAUGGUAUCCGUUCACGACGGAUGUUCCGCUGGCAGCCUCUUGGAAACUGCCCCAAUGAAAAACCCAUUUUCUACCCCAAUACUAUUCCCCCUCGCUCCCGCAAGCCUCUGCCCCCUCCCCCUGAUAAUUCUGUCAUAUCUCUUCUAAAGGUCAUCCAGUUUGUGAUGUGGUUAACUUCCUAAAUGUCACAUUAUGCCUGUUGUUCAUUGUGCCUUAGUAGACAACUAUUGAAUGUUUUAUCUCUUUAUCCGACAAGACAAUUAUUAUCAUUAAAAAUUCUUUAUAAACUACUUGGGUAGUUGCCAUCUACGGAAGUUAUUUUAUUUCUGCAUGUUACUGAAUGGUUUAGUUUUACAAAUAAA